GAAAUGCUGGUGUCUUAAAGGCCUUCAUCACCCCCAAACACACUUUCUUUUUUUAGGUUAGGAUCACAAAAAAUAAAAAAAAACCCAACCCUCCAGCUUCCAUUAAUAAUACCCAAAACAGCUGGAUUUAUCAAUUCUAGAGACAGAGAGAGAGGAGAGAGAUCCAAUGAAGGAUUGAGAAACAAAGAAACCCUCCUCCGGCUUUAAUUUCUGUGGGUGCCUUUCAAUGGAGAGGGAUGCUGGAGAAAUCCAUGCGUGAAUUCUGAGAAAGAUCUCAACUUUUCUCUUCUCUGGGUGUUUUCCUCAUCUGGGUCCUUAACGAAAUUGAGAAAUUUAACCUCCCUCUCUCUCUUUCUCUAGAACAGUGUAGAGUAAAACGCCUCUUUUUUUUUUCGUAUUCUUGAAUUUGUUGAGGAAAGGAAAGGAAGGAAUUCAUUGAAUCUAUGGGGUGAUUCUUGAAUUUUGUGAGAUGGGUUUCUUUUUUAUCUUUUUCUUUCCAUUGUAGUUUCAGGGGAAAAGUUGGAUAUAGUCCUUUCUCUUGGCUUUGGUAGUUAUCCUUAUUAGUUUUCUUUUGUGGUCAUUCGUAAAGAAUAUAUAUUUUUUUGAUAUUAAUUUCAGCAAAAUAGUUCUAUUAUUUGUUGCUAUCUAGCCCCUAGUUUCUUCUCAAUUCCCUGAGGAAAGCUACUGUGAACUUGAAUUAGUAGUGAAUUCGAGGUCGGUAGUCCGUUUUUCGUUUAUGUGGGUUUCUCUUUGUAUGUCCUCUGGUGAUCUUUUCUUCACUUAAUUUGGCUUCCAAGGGAUCAUUUUUCCAUUUGGGUUUUUGAAUUUUAUGUAAAAAUGGGAUCUUUACUGCAAUCAGUUGAUGGAGUUGUUGCAGAGAUCAUGAACCUUCAUAGAUCUCUGCCACCGAGGCCUAGUAUUGAUGAGGUUGAAGCAGCUAUGGCCGUAGUUAGAAACGUAGAGAAAGAGGAACAGUCAAAGAUUGAGUCCAUUUCCAAGCAGAGAAAGGGCAUUGAGGUCCCUGAAGAGCUUUUCUUUGUGCUUCAAGAGAUGCAGAAGAAUUUGGCAUACCUUCAGAGCAAAGAGCAGAAGAGUGAGGCCUUGAAGUUGCUUGAUCUUGAGAGCAUCCAUUCCUUGUUUGAUGAUUUGAUUCAAAGGGCAGCAAGUUGUGUUCCCUCGAGCUCGAGCACAUCAGUUUCUUCGAUCCCUACGAGCUCUCUAAGUAUUUCCACAUCAAGUUCCAAAAGUGCAUUUGGCUCUUCGGCCAAUCUUUACUGUUUAGAGAAGGAGACCGGAAAGAGCGGCGAGAGAGUUAGUAGAGAUGAUAGCUAUGUGAAGAAAGCAAAGUCCACAAUGUAUGUAGACGAAGGGGGUUCUGAUCUGAAAACUUCGAGGGGACUGUUGAUGAAUUCUACUAUUAUUCCUGCUAUAGCUUCUGCUUCUGCUGGAGAAAACAGUGAGAAACUAAGUCUUAUAAGACUUGCUGCCCUAAUUGAAGUCUCAUCAAAGAAAGGCACUCCAGAACUCAAUCUCCAGAAUAAGCUUAUGGAUCAAAUCGAUUGGUUGCCAGAUUCAAUUGGGAAGCUUUCUAGUCUAAUCUCACUUGAUCUUUCAGAAAACAGGAUAGUUGCGUUACCGACCACUAUCAGCAAUCUGACCUCUUUAAAGAAACUCGAUCUACACUCAAAUCGGAUUGCAGAACUUCCUGAUUGUAUUGGUGAACUCUUUAACUUGUUGCAACUAGACUUGAGGGCAAAUCAGUUGACAUCCUUACCCUCCACAUUCGGUAGAUUAAUGCGCCUAGAAGAGCUUGACUUGAGUUCGAACCACUUUUCCUCACUCCCGGAUGUAAUUGGAAAUCUUAUAAGCUUGAAGAAAUUAGAUGUUGAGACGAAUGACAUAGAAGAAUUGCCAUAUACCAUCGGUAAUUGUAGUAAGUUAGUUGAGCUCCGGGCAGAUUAUAAUCGGUGCAAAGGUCUUCCAGAAGCUGUAGGGAAACUUGAGUCUUUGAGAUUCUGACUUGUUCGAUACAACAAUAUUAAGGGACUUCCAACUACGAUGUCAUCGCUAACAAAAUUGAAGGAGGUUGAUGUUAGCUUUAAUGAGCUCGAAUCGGUUCCAGAGAGCUUAUGCUUUGCUACCGCACUCGUGAAGCUGAACAUUGGAAAUAAUUUUGCUAAUCUUCUAUAUCUUCCACGGUCUAUUGGCAACCUUGAGAUGCUUGAAGAGUUGGAUAUGAGCAAUAAUCAGAUAAGGAUUCUCCCUGAUUCUUUCUGUAUGCUAUCCAAGCUUCGUGUGCUGCAUGCUGAAGAGAACCCUUUGGAAGUUCCACCAAGGCAUAUAGCUGAAAAGGGAGCGCAGGCUGUUGUACAAUACAUGGCUGAGCUCGUUGCGAAAAGGGAUGUUAAGCCUUCAGCCAAGACCAAGAAGGCAUGGUGUCAAACUUGUUUUUUCUCAAGGCCAAACAAAAGGAAGAGUGAAGGUUGGGACUAUGUCACCUGAUCAUUGAAUCCUCGAGAAUGCAUCUUUUGUGAAGUUGGUAAAUACAUGAUCUUGUCGCAAAUGCUUUUUCAUGGAAUUCAAUGAUGAAAAUCUGCAAAUAUGUGGUUGUUGUCUCUAUAACUCUUUUUUUAAUUACGUGUAUUCUGAUCCCUUGAACAUAUAUGAGUUGUACCAUUAGCUACGUGCGGCAUAUUCAUAAACUGUUAUUUUAUAUCCUUCAUUUUUUACACUGUUAUGUAGUUGAGCUUUUGUAACAUAUUGUAUAUGGACAGGAUCAGGAGUUUCCUGCGAAAUCAAAUUUUCAUGUUCCAUUUUUACCAA